AUGGGUACUUUUCGUCAGCAACUCGUCUUCCUGUUAUCCCUACUGGUAUUCGCUCAUGCUAUGGAAAAGGAAGGAAGAUCCCACUACAUAGAAGAUACAGAGAAGCAUCACCACGUAGCAAAUGGCACAGAAGCUGCUACUAAAGAAGUUGGAACCAGUAGAAAGAAUCCCUUCAGUGGGCUUGGUAACAUGUUGGGAGCGUUUGGAGGUGGAUCCAGCAGUGCUGCGGCUGGGGGAUCUAGCAGUGCUCCAGGAGGCACCAGUCCUGUUUUGAGUCUUCAGCAAGGUUUGCAAGGCAUUCAAAACAUGCAAAGAUUCAUCGUCAAGCUGCAAAGCAUUAUGAAGCAUCCAUUUAGCUUCCGCGGCGUGUCUGAUACCAUGGCAACACUAACUGGACUUUUAGCAGCAGUUGGUGGAGGAUACUUGACCUAUGUGAGCAUGGUGGCACUGUUCGGAAACAUGAUGGAUCCUCAGAACACAGCUCAUCAGUAUGCUUAUUCCGCCCCGCCUCAUCAAUAUGCCCCUCCUCAACAUUUAAAUUUGGCUGCUUCCCAUCAAGUACCAGCUUACAAUAGAAGGCAAUCGAAUUCAGACAGCAGCAAUUUUUUCUUUGGAUCAUACGAUAUUGGCAAGAUGCUUAAGUCUGUCACGAAUUUCAACUAUCCCGAAGCCUCCUUCCAGUUGUUGAGGAUCAAAGAAGAGUCUUGCAAGCAAAGGGCUGUCUGCGAGUUUGAGAAAUUUUUGGCUAAGAAAGGAAUUGCUUCUGUAAUUCUGAAAGGAGUGAGUAAAAAGAUUCCAGGAAUGGAGAAGUAUUUAGAUGCUGCGUAUCGAGGAAUAGCAAAUGAAGAUUGUGGUUAUGCAUUUAAUUCCUGUCCGUACACUCUUGGCCAAUCCGUUCUAAGGUCCAUUGGAUUGAAUUAG